AUGCGGCGCUCUCUAGAGGGCAGUUUGAGGGACCUCUGGAAGAUACGGUUGAGGUCGCGGUCCUCUCUGUUGCUGCUCGUGCUGCUGCUACUGCAGCAGCAGCAGCCGUCAGCGGCGUUUGAUGAUGUUGUUGGGACCCCUACUGCUUCUGUUCCCACUGGUAGAAAUCUUUCGGGGGCGGGAACCUCUGUGCAUGCGCACCUCGACGGAAAUGCUCUGGGGAAAGAAGGCCACAGUUGGGGUCCUACUAAUGAAGAUAGUUUAUCAUUUGGCGGUUCUAAUAGCAUACGUAAUCAUCUCUGGAACUAUUCGAGGCCUCCGAGAGGGCGCAGGGGGCCCCUAGGCGGUACUUCUGCAGUGGCUGCAGCAGCAGCUGCUGCUUCUCUGCUAGUCGUCGUGUUUCUGCUGCUCUCUUGCGGUGUUUAUAUCUCCCGCAACACGAAGUUAGCCUCGGCCUGGGGCCACCAAAGGAGCCUCUCAUCCCGAGAGGGUGAAGGACCCUGUGAAGACACUGACGGAGAAACAGAAACAGAAGGAGCAGUAGCAGGAGCAGCAGGAGGAGGAGAAGAAGCAUCAGGCGAAGCAGAUGCAGAGGCAGGAGGAGAAGGAGCAGCAUCAGGCGAAGCAGAUGCAGAGGCAGAAGGAGACGCAGAGCCAGGAGGAGGAGCUACAGGAGAGCUGGACCUCUGGGAACCGCAGAGGACUCCUCGAACACCUUUGCUGUGGCCUCGAGGCCCCGGCGAAACAAUCGGGUAUUGUCCCUUUCUGGGAAAAUGGUGGAGUUGCUGGAGUGAGUUGGUCAAUUACUGCCGGACGCGUUGCAGUAGCCUCGCUUUAGGCAGGUCACGGACAGUAGGGAUGACUGUUUUGAAGCUUGCUUUAGUUGAAGUAGUAGCAAUGACGCCUUUCUCCACUUCAGGGGAAGAGACUUCAAGGCAGAAGGCAAUUGAGGCCUGCAUACGUUUUGCAGACGCUUUGGGUGCCCGUUCCGAAAUGGAUCGGCAAGAAACUAUUGUCUUGGACGGCCUGCGUUCAGUUUUUGAGCGUAUGCACGACAGGGGAAAUUCCCCUACCGUCCGGGUAACCCACAGGGCGGGCCAAUUAAAGAAUACUAUGCCCCUAGCAGCAGCUGCACUGGCGGCAGCGGGCACUAGUGUAAACACUUUGUUCCAGUCCGUGGCAGGCGACCCACCAGUUCUUCCCCUUGCUGGAAUUGCACAGUUGACCGCGGAGGUGGGGGCCGUCACUACGGAGAGGAUCGUCCACACUCUGGGAAGUCCGGCUUCGGGCAAGCUGCUGCGUUACAUUCAGGGUCUUCAUGGUGAAGGGUUUUUAUUUACUAACGUACACGUGGAUCUUUCCAACGCACCAGGGGACGAAAGAGACACCAGAGAGAAGGCAGAAGCCAUCAAAAGAGCAGCAGACGCAGCUGGUAAACAUGCCAGAAGACACUACAAAAAGAAUAAGCAUGACCAGCACACAGGGCAACGAGCAGACGCUUUUCCCGGAGAUGCAUUACACCGUCGCGAUAGAGGCCCUGAUCCUGUUGCUGCUCGUAGAGGCGGUAGAGGAGAACCCGAGGGAGCGGAGCUCGGGUUGCGCUGGGGUGACCAGCGCCAGGAACAAGAAGUUGCUUUGCCUGCUGCAGAGAGGCCCGAACCGUACCCGCUUCCAGGGGAUGCAGUGCCAGGACCCCAAGCAGCAACACAAUGGCAGCUCGUACAAGGACCACAAGGGCCAAGGCCCGACACCGUCCCGAGAGCCAUUCCUCCACAUUUUCCCCCCAUGCAACCCGUCCCCGUUGUCGUGGGAGUGCCUGUUGCUCCGCCGCCAGUACUUUUGCUCGUCCCCCAUCCUCAGAGGCCACCGCACCCAGGGCCUUGGGGGCUUCAACAGCAGCACACUGGACGCCAGGAACAAGAAGUUGCUUUGCCUGCUGCAGAGAGGCCCGAACCGUACCCGCUUCCAGGGGAUGCAGUGCCAGGACCCCAAGCAGCAACACAAUGGCAGCUCGUACAAGGACCACAAGGGCCAAGGCCCGACACCGUCCCGAGAGCCAUUCCUCCACAUUUUCCCCCCAUGCAACCCGUCCCCGUUGUCGUGGGAGUGCCUGUUGCUCCGCCGCCAGUACUUUUGCUCGUCCCCCAUCCUCAGAGGCCACCGCACCCAGGGCCUUGGGGGCUUCAACAGCAGCACACUGGAGUACCUGGGGGGCCCUUCCAUCAUCCGCAGCAGCACACGGGGCCGCGGGGGCCCUUCCGUCACCCGCAGCAGUUCUGGGGGCCGCGGGGGCCCUUCCGUCACCCGCAGCAGUUCGGGGGGCCGCGGCAUCCCUUCCAUCAGCCUCAGCCGCCAAUGGGGUCUGUGCCGCUAUUGCCACCGCAGCACCCCUAUCAACAGAGGCCGAGUGCUGGGCCUCUGUUGCUUCCACCGAGGCCGCAUUUGCAAGCGCAGCCUCCGGGGCCGUUUCCGCAGCCGCAGCAGCACCACACGGGGCUUGGGGCGUCGUUCCCGCCGCAGCACCAGCAGCAGCAGCAAGAGAGCGUGGGGCAGUUGCCUCCGCAACCGCAGCAGCACCACACGGGGCUUGGGGCGUCGUUCCCGCCGCCGCACCAGCAGCAGCAGCAAGGAGAGGCUGUGGGGUACGAGGGGCCGCAGCAAGAGCAAGAGACAUCUUGGGGGCUGUGGUUGCCGCGGGAUGUGCUGGGGCGUUGGAUGGAUGCUGGGGGGAUGGAGGGGGCCGCGGGGGCUGCGGGCGGUUCUUUUACAGAACUUGAACUCGGAGAAGGUGACUCUUCUCCUCUCCCUUCCGGAGGCAUUCAAUUUGGGUUUCUUGACGAUGAUGAUGAUGAUGAUGAUGAUGAUGAUGAUGAUGAUGAUGAUGAUGACUGGGGAAGCAACUGGAGAACAACAGCGCCCAGAGGCGUGUUUCUUGGUUCUGAUUACACCGCACCGACUGCACCAGGAGCACAAAGGAGAACAGAAGGUCGAGACGCGGAACAGCGACGGCAGUAG